AUGGGAGACCUAUGCUCGUGUUGGGAUGCUACGCAUAAUGUCAUUGUUCUACAACAUAAUAAGAUCAGAGCGUCCUUUGAAAAAAGUAUUAACUUAAAGAGUGAUGCUUAUAAAGCAUUGAGAUAUAAAAGACUUGUUGGACGUGUUUCACGAUACGCUCUUGAACUUAUUGCUGAUGAAGUAGAGCGAGUGAAUAAAAUAGGUUUGGACAGUGCUCGUUGUGGAUGCAUUUUGACCUCAACGUAUGGCCUACCAUGUGCUUGUAUUUUAGCACGAUCUGAGCCUGGAAUGAUUCCUAUUGGUGAAAUACAUGUUAUCUGGACCCGUUUAAGCAUUUCAAGAACUGUGUCUACUGAAUCGCUUCCAGAGUUUAGCCUUGAUCGUGAAGUUAAACUGGUACAGGAACGAUUCAAAAAUGUUGACAUUGGUGAAAAAGUCAACAUAAGACAUAAGAUGCUAGAAAUUGCUUGCCCAGAGAUGACAUCUAUGCUUGCUCCGGCGCAUAAAGUGAAGACAAAAGGUGCACGGAAGACUAAAGUUGCACGACAUGAGAGGUCUACGAAACGUGACCCAUCAUAUUUUGAGCACGUUGACACUUCUAUUUCCAGGACAGAGCCUUCUUCUUCACGAAAAUCUCAAGUCAAAUCGAAGCCGAAAGGAUUUGCGCGAAGUGUUGUACCAUUCUUAAAUCAAUUUCAUCUGAUUUGUCAACCAUACAUUGUCAAUGUUGUUGAUGUUGUUGCCGAUGGUCAUUGCGGUUAUCGAUGCAUUGCUGCUUUGUUGGGUUUAGGUGAAGAGGCAUGGCCUACUAUCCGACAUAACCUUUAUGAAGAACUAACUCAGUGGCGUGAUGAAUUCGCAAAUUUAGUAGGAAGCUACGAUCGAUUAGAAAAACUACGUCAGUCAUUAAUUGUCCACGAUCGAUCACAGGUUAAUGCUAAGAAGUGGAUGACGAUACCGGACAUUGGUUAUGCCAUUGCAAAUAGAUACAAUGUCAUCUUAGCAUGUUUAUCCUAUGUUCAGAGUUUUACCAUAUUCCCACUUCGCACUCCACCGCCUACUGAUAUUACACAACAUCGGAUCUUAUGCAUUGGAUUUGUUAAUGGAUGUCAUUUUGUACAGGUUCAAUUACAAGAUGGUUGUCCGUUACCCAUGGUGGACAUCAUUUCCUCAAACCAUUGUUACCCAGAGGCACGAUCAUGGUCAACAUGUUAUACACAUAGGAUGCAAUCAUUUAUGGCAUUAAUGGGAGCUAAUCAAAGUUAUGUAGAUCUUGGAGAAGACUGA